AUGUGGAGCAGCAUCACUUCCAGUUCUAAGAAGUCUAGAGAGACCACUGUGAUGCUGCGUAAGCGACAGCCUGUGCUGUUGGGCUCGAUAGUUGUCCCUGCCUCUGGUUUCAUAUUGAUAGACAAGGAGUGUCCGCACGGGCCCGACUACCAGUGUCGCUGUGCGCUCACACGCAACGUGGAGCUGAACAGUGGAACUCACUACUUCGUGACAGUAGACUGCUCCUGUCAGGGGCUCACAGAGUUGCCGAGAGAACUGCCACCGUUCACCACAUCGCUCAACAUCAGCAACAACAAUAUAACACAUUUGGACUUCCUCGAUACUAACUCAAACUACAAGAAUCUCAUGUAUCUCUACGCUGAUAAUAACCGUAUCGAGUCCAUUACAGUACUUGAGGGUUCUCAUUUUAUUGACAAGUUCACGGCACUCAGUCUGCGCAACAACAACAUCAGAGUGAUCCCCAAGUAUCUGCUGUCCAAUGUGUUCGACCGGAACAACUACCAGAAAGUGGUACAUCUGGGGAAGAACAAGCUGCCUUGUGACUGCAGCACAGCUCAGGUGCUCAAGGUUUGGCUUCUGGCCAACAAACUUCACAUCAGCGAUUACGAUGAGUUGCUGUGUGAAAACCUCAACAACAUGAGGGUGGUAGACCUGGAGCAGGCGAAAGUGUGUGUCUACUCAAGAGACUGGACUGAUUAUAUUUACUACAUCAUAGCAGUGGAGAUCUGUUUGUUUUUUCUUCUCAUCACGAAGGUGACCUAUGACUACUGGAUCUUCAAAACUACAGGCUAUCUCCCCUGGCCAGCUUCCAAGAUGCCAAGACUUCCUUGUGACUGGGUGUUUGAGCUCUGAUCUUCUCCCUGCCUCUUUCUGUCUCUUGACCUAUGACUACUGGAUCUUCAAAACUACAGGCUAUCUCCCCUGGGCAGCUUCCAAGAUGCCAAGACUUCCUUGUGACUGGGUGUUUUAGCUCUGAUCUCCCUGUCUUUUUCUCUCUUUCUUGUUAUAGACAGUGCAAUCUGUAAAAAUGAAAAGCACUCUUCACUUUUGUUCUUGGCAAGAAAAAGUUUAAAUCCAAAAUAAUUUGACGUUUGGAUGAUCAGAGGUAUUGGAAAUCAAUACUCCUCAAAUGUUCAAAUACCAAGAUAUAUAUGUUAAGCUCCAAUCAGUCUUGUGGAUUAGACUGAGUUUAUUGGUUUGAGGACAGUUUGUUUCUAUCCUGCCUGCCAAUCAAAUUUCCCAUCUGCCAAUAAUUUUAUCUCGCACAAAAUAGCUCUUUUGACUGCAAAACAAUUGAUUUUUAUAUCCAAAUGAAUGAUUUUACUAGUGCUAUUGUUUUAUACUAAACUGAUUUUAGGAGUUUUUAGUUUAAUAGAAAAAUAUAUUCUUGUUAUAAACUCAUUCUGCAAGCUGAGGCAAUCAAAUAUGAUAUAGAGAUAAAACAUAUUUUGUAAUAAUGUAGAGUGUAAAAACUUGCCUAAUUGCACUUAAUGUCAAUCUGAUGAUGAAAUCCUUGUCGUAUGAGGUGUUUGUAAUUCUUGUGAAACCUUUUAAGCAUAUUCUUUCUUAUUUUAUGUUCUUACUUGCAAUAUAGGUUUUAAUUUAAUUUAGAAAAUACAACAACAAUAACAUAACUGUACUCAUCAAUAACUUAUCUUUCCGUAAGUUAGUAAUGGCCACUGCCUUGUAGGAUUCCCAAAGUAUUUAAAGAGGUUCAUUAAAUGGCUAAUAUGUGCUCCCUGUCUCUUUAAAAUUUUUGUUCAGAAGAGUAUAAUAAUAGGGUUUUAUUGAUUCUAACAACUUUGGUUCCUGUCAUUUUUCCCAGUGGUAUUAUUCUAAAGGUAUAUUCAUUUUCACCAGUUAUACAGUUGAAAAUGCUUAAGCCUGAAAAUAUGUUUGAUUCUGUUCACAAAUUAUGGUUACGAUUCCAAAUGAUUUGAUACCCACUCUUUGCUACUUGUACUAAAAUAUUAAUUAUGAUCUUAGUUUUACACAUAUGCAUAAUUUGCGUUGUGCCCUGUUACCUCUAUCGUACUGAAAAUGGGCAGUUGUCAGAAACCUGGUUCACAUGUAAGGUCUCUAGAAGAUUGAACUAUAGUUUGUCAGGAAUUUAAUUUAAUAUUUUUAUAAUUUGUUAGUUUUGCGUUUUAUUUCAUGAAAAAAAAGUUCAAACACGGAAUAUGACUAUGACAUUCCUGACUUAUCUUAGGAAUAAGGGGGUCAAAUGAUCAACUUGACUUUGAAUAUAGUUUGGUGGACUUUUAUUUUUGAAUAUACACUUGUUAAUGAAGUAAAUAAAUAAAAUACAAGACAUGUUUUUUAAGUAAGUACCAUUUUGAAAUUCCGCUGCUGCUGCACUGUCUACCUCCUUCUGUUAGCAGGCCAGAGACGGCAAAAAUUGGUCAUUUUUACAUCUGUUAAUGGACAUUUCAAAUGGUCCUGACUGUGAAGUAUGUGCACUAAAGGCGUGAAAACAGUUGGAAUUCACUGUCAGAAUUGUCAAGUGUAUGGACCACUCUCAAUGAUCAUCUGUAAUAAUAUGUCCCUUUUUCCCUAAUAUUUCAUUUCUUUAUAAAAUUCUUUUUAUUAAUCUGCUCGUUUUACACUGCUUAUAUCCCAAGUUUUCCGACAUUUGUAUUAGAUUAUAUUUGAUAGUGUAAGAGGUAAUCUAUUCACAGUUACACUUUUCAUUGGAGUAAAAGCUAUGGACCACUAUCACUCACUAAACAUUCGUCAAGGUCAGUCUCAACACUAAACAUUCGUAAAGGUCAGUCUCAACACUAAAUAUUCGUCAAGGUCAGUCUCAACACUAAACUUUUGUCAAGGUCAGUCUCAACACUAAACAUUCGUCAAGGUCGGUCUCAACACUAAACAUUCGUCAAGGUCAGUCUCAACACUAAACAUUCGUCAAGGUCAGUCUCAACACUAAACAUUCGUCAAGGUCGGUCUCAACACUAAACAUUCGUCAAGGUCAGUUUCAACACUAAACAUUCGUCAAGGUCAGUCUCAACACUAAACAUUCGUCAAGGUCAGUCUCAACACUAAACAUUCGCCAAGGUCAGUCUCAACACUUCUCUUCUGGUGUAAUCAAACACACAGAAUCCUCACCAGCUUGUUUGCAGGAACUAAAACUGUCUUCCUAUCGUAGUUUCUUGCUUCCUUUCCUCUUCACAACACAUCAUACUAUUUCGCUUGACUAACCGUUAAGUUAUGUUAUUGUUUACAUUUUGUAUGUGUAAGGAGAAUAAUGACACCAGCACGAAAAAAAUUACUAAAAUACAAUUAAUUUAAUUUAAAAAGCCAAAUCCAAAAGACUGAAAGAGUUUUAAGACUUAGAAUAAAAAUCCAAUUGCAAAAUAUUUGUAAGGGCUGUGCACUCUUAGUCUGGACGUCAAUCGAAACCAGAACAACGUGGUAAAUCCUCCAACAAGACCAAUAUUUUCGGAUUGGAAAUGAUUUUACCCCUUUAUUCAACCCUCGCCCUCAUAUUGUGCAGACUGUAUAUAAUGCUCAUAUACUUCGUCUCGACACUCAUCACUGGAAAUGCACAUACUACCUUCUAUAGUAGUGAAAGCAUUUAGUAAUUCUUAUAGUACAUAUUACUGUAGGUAUAUAGAAGUUAUUUAACACAGCCAAUAUUCUAAAGUCUUGUCCAUUUCCUAAUCCUUUCUGUAACUGUAGCACUUUUUUAUCUGUACCAUCGACCUUAUAUUGUCUUAUAUUGUAUCGACUCUCCUCCUUAUUCUGUUUGAUAAGAUCCUCGCACAGGCCAGUGGCCCAUGAGAACGGUCAGAAUAAGGCCUAAAAGGGAUUGGCCUAUUCUUAAAAAAAUUCUGAAACUGCCUUUGCUCAAUGUGCGGUGGCCUAAAUUAGGGUUUCUUGGGUAAACAUUGUAAACAUUCAUUUAUAAGAUAAGAUUUCAUUUUUGUUGAAGCUGUUAAGAGGAGGUACUUAUAUAAUAAGGUACUGAUUUCUUUUUCACUCAACCUUUGUACAUAGAUUUUGUUUUUCAACAAUGUUAUUUGUGUUAUAACCCUCUUUUGUUAAGUUUUAAAUAUACUUUAAUCGCAGGCUUGGCCUUGUUAAUUUUAGAUCUAAAUUGUUUUCAUAUAUAUAUAUAUAUAAUAUAUUUAUCUAAAUGUACAAUAAAAUUUUUAGCAAAAUGAAUUUAUUAGAUUAAUUCUAGUUUGGCUUUGUUUUCUAGUCUUAUACAUAUUUUAUAAGCUGUAAAUAAAUAUGUGGUGCUGUUUAUUUUUAAUAGACCUAUGAGUCUAAAUGCAUUUUAAGGGGAGGUGUGAUUAAAACAGAGCAAAUACUGAAAUUCUGAAUAUUCUCUGAUGUAAUUUAUUUACAAAUGUUAAGCUGCUGGAUCAUGAAAAGUUUUCUCCAAAAUAAUGUGAAUAAAAAAACAAACACAAAUUCGAGGUUAAAUAAUAUUAUAGAAUUGUUGGCCCUCCACACAGUCGACUCACUCUUAGCUGAUGCACUGGAAUGUAGAUCAGUUGAGGUUUAAAAUUGAUAGUUUGAAUUUCCUGAUGAAAGAAUUUGUACUACUCCUGGAUAAAGAAAUAUAGAUGCCCAAGUUUAAAUGUUAACCACAAUUAACUAGUAGAGCUACAAUAACGGCAGUUACAUUAAAAUUAGCUUUAGAUUAUUACUGUGUUUACAAAUUAUAUACAAACAAUAAUUUCCAAUAAUGAAAAAAAUGUACGGUUUUUUGGCGCUUUUCAACCAUACUGGAACUUUGAAAAUUCAUCACUAGAUAGCUUGUGAUCUGAUAGACAUCAAGUACGGUUUUGGAGCAUAAAGUUAUAAUUUUUUGAAAAAAUUCGUUUUUAAAUUAUUAACUUAAAUUUUAUUCUAGACCGGGUAGUCAACAUUGGUCUCAUUAUGGAGCUCUUAAAGUCAGUAUCUAAGGCACGUAAUUUCGUAAACCACUAUUUGAAAUGUUCAAUUUUUAACACGGAUUUAAUUAGGUUUUGUUAAUUUAAGAGCCGAUGCCUGCUCUUGUGAACAUGUAAACCCUCAGACUGCCAUGAAAAUCUGUGGGUGCCCUUUCACCCUGGAUAAAGCUGGACAUUUGGACAUUGUCUUGUUCUUCGGUGGUAUCCGAGCUGUCAAAGCUGCAAACAGGACUUUGUCACUUGUUCAUGUGUCACUGUCACUCAAAGGCAUGUUAGCCUCUAGUCAGUAGCCGAGUGUAACCACAAGAGUGGUGUGAUGCUGUGUAAUGUGACCAUUUCAGUCAGGACAAGAACACUCAAACCACUGGAGAAUAUUCUAUUUGCUCAUUUAUAUUUACCUUGUUCUGAAAAAGUGAGUAAAGCCCUGAGUAAGUACUCAGAGAAUUUUCUCUGUUUUAAAUCACUUCAUGAAAUUUAAUAUGUGUUUUUAUCUUUUAUGUUAAAGCUGUGUUAAGACAUUCGUUAAUAACAUAAUUAAAUGUAGUAUUGUGAUAACGGGUUUUUAUAAAAACUGUGUUUUGUUUCAGUCGGUUUAUUACGUAAAAAUUGUUAACAUAUUAGUUAGUAAACGGCAAGUAUGAAUGAAAAUUGUUGUAUACUUAUAAUAGUCUAUUGAUGUGGCUUUUGUAGCCUAUUAGCAUGUCUGUCUAAUCCAGUGUAAUAUAUGUCACAGACGAUUGUUAACUGUUGAGAGAGAAUAUUUGAUAAGAGUUUAUAUUUGUUUGUUACGUAAAACGUUUUACGAGAGGUUUAGGUUUGAAUCUCUAUUAUAUCAUAGAGGCUGUGACAAGCGUUUCUGUGUUUGUUUGUAAAUAUUUGUGCCUUGUUGCAUGUGUUGCUUGUUGUAUGUGAUAGAAGUUACUGUAGGGUAGGUCAGAGCUUAUGUGCAAUACACCGCUGACUGGUGCCAUAUUGAUAUUUUUGUUUAUUUUGAUUAAGGUGCAAUUUACCUGGAAUAAAGGUAGAUUUAAAAUUCUUAUGCAAUUGGAACGAGGUUAAAUUUAGGUUAAGGUGGUAGGAAUCAGUUUUCGAGAGGAAUAAUUUAAAUAAAUUUUAAAAAUUAUUUUGGUCACAGGCCUUUAACCUUACAACUGGCGAUCAUUUUAUCCUGCAGUGUCGGGCUGUUUUAGAGCUUAAUGCAAGGUUUUAUUUUAAAAUGUCUUAAAAAUAUAAAUUAAGACCAAUAUGUAUAUUUUUUGUUCAUAAUUAAACAAAGAAUAAUAUUUUUUAUUUAAAUUAGGCCAUACAAAUAAAUAUUAAAUAUUUUUUAAAUGAAAUGUUAAUUUUGCAAAAAGAAUAUCUCAAAUUUGGGGGACCAUGCCUAUCAAAUCAAGUUCUUGUAAGAAAAAUGUGAAUGCCACUUUGUGUUAAAUUUCAUCUAGUUUCAGAAAACAGACUUUAUACACAUAUAUGAAACCAUUAUCUAAACUAUAAAACAAAAAGCGGCCAUGUGCAUAAAUUAUGAAAAUCGGGUCUAUACGUACGAAUUUGGUAAUACAAAUUUUGCUAAUACAAUUCUACAUGAAUGUAUGUUAUAUGCAUAUUUUCUUACUCAGAAUGAAAUGAAUUAUACAGCAACAAUGAAAAAAGUUCCGUAACUAAUUGUUUUUAAAGGAGGGACAUUUUAUCCAUAAGAUAAUUUAAUUUCUUGAAGAAAAAUUGUUGAAGCACGUAGUUUUAAAUAAUUUAAUAUAAUGUUUAAUAUACGUAGUUUUCUUAAGUCAUAAAUGAACAAAAACAUGUCCCUGAAGCGUAACACAUUUACUUAUUGUAAACAAUUCACAUUUGUGUGUGCAGACUUCUUUUGCUCUAGUUAUUGCUUUUUUAUUAGGGCUGAUUAAAAAAAAUUGCCUGAAUCGUUACUCUAAAUGCUUGUAGACUCAUGGAGCGAUAAAAAAAGAUUUUUUUCCGUCCUUAUGAAAGUUUUAAAUGACUAUGAAUUAAAAAUUAAAAACAUUUUCCCAACACAAAAAUUGAUUACACCACCUUAACUUGUAGCAUUGAAAAUAUUUGUAACGUAUUUUUGUACUUGUUUUAAACAAUACCGUAUAUUGUUUAAUUAAUGUACAUCUUAAGUUUUGUAGAAUUUGUAUUACAAUUAUUUAUAUUGUUACAAUGUGUGUAAUAGUUUUUUUAUUUAGUUAAUAUAAAAAACUAAUGAGCAUGGUUAUAUAAACUGCACUAAAGAUAAUUGGAACAAUUUUUUGCUACUCAUUGUCUUCUUGCCUAAUACAAAAAAUAGAUUAAUAUUUUUCUAAAGUUUACACUAUAACCUGUUUGUAUUUAGCACAAUUGUAGUAAGGCAUUUGCCACUUUGAUUAGUAUAUUUUGUAUACAGUGCAUUUAUUUUAUAGUAGUUUUUCAUAAAACUAGUUAAUAUAUAGCAUGGUCUUAUCUACAGCCGUGGCUAUGUGGCUACAUACUUUAUUCUUACUUCAAUGGCAUAACUGAGAAAUGGGAGUGUGUUAAUCUUGUAAGCUCAUCAUAAAAAAUAAAACCUGAUUUUGUUAUUUGUUUUGUAACACACAACAUCGAAUAUGUCCCAACACAAGCACAAUAAUAACAAUGCUACUAUUGUUUUUGUGUGUAAUUUGAAAAAAAUAUAUAGUUAAUUUGACAUUUUUAUGCCCACGAUAACUUGAUAUAUUUUCCCCUGGAUGUAAAUUAAUAAUGUCUAUAAACUGCAAAGUAUAUAUAAAACGUUAAAAAUAUUAAGACCUCCAUUUUUCAUAAUUUUAGCAGUUUAUAAUGAAAUGUCCACAUAAUAGGUGCUACUAGGUUUCAUCUGACAAUUCCAACAUUUACCACUAAGUUUUUGUUACAUAUUGAUUUGUUUCUAAUUCAUUCCAUAAAUAUUCUACAUUAAAUUGCUUAAACUUACUGCAGUUAAUUUUUAAUUAAUCUAUUGUAUUUUUGUUAAUAUGCUUACAGAACAAAACCUGUUAUGACUAGUGCUGUUUUCAAACAUUUGUUCAAUUUUUUAAGAGAGGAUGAAUUAUAGGUUAGUUACAAUAAAUAUUUGUCGACACAUCUCUUUUCAAUUUUAAUAUAGUUUUGAAUUUGUUCUAUAGAAUUGAAAUUUAUAUUUGUAAUAUAUAAUAUAGAUAAUUAUGAAAUUAAAAUAUAACUUUAUUUUGAUGUAAUAAAAAUAGUGUGCCUGUAGCUGGGCCUAUUUAUUGAGCUGCUCAAGUAAAAGUAUGUAGUAAAUAAAGAAACUUGUUUAUUAAAUAACACUUAAUUUUACUCAGUAAACAAUUUAUUUAUUCUAAAUUUAUCAUUUCAGUAUCGUUUUGAAGGUUAUAAAUGUGCCUUACUAGUUAACAAAAAUAAUCUACCACAAAACGUUUUAAAGAUUUUAUUAGAGAUGAUAAAUAAAUAUUUUAAAUUAUUUUUAUCCAUUUGUGGAGUAAUUGUUUUAUUUUUAACAUUAAACAUGUAAAAAUACGAAGUUGAAUAAUUUUAGAAUAGUAAACUUACAUAAUAACUUGCACUAUAUAACAAUAACAAUAUAAGGAAAAUAGGACAAUGUUCUAUGUUAACCAUGGAGUCUAAAUAGUUUCCAAUAUGGCGUCUAGAGUGCAGCACUUGUCAUCGUACUCAUGGCUGAUAAUUUACCCUUCUUGUACAGGAGAGAUGAACAUAAAGUUUAUUUAUGCUGCCCAAGCACUUUGCUAUUUUAUAGAGUGGUAUCAUGUAUAAAGAUUUAUACUGAUGAUAAGUCAUCAUAAAACAAUGUAAUUGAAUCGUAUAAUAGAUAGUUUAGGAUGAUAAUAAAUUACAAAGUUAAUAACUUUAUGUACGAUACCUCUCUGUAAAAUGGUGUGCUUCAUACAGCCUUAAAUUAUGUCUUUCAUCUGAUAACUCAGUUCCUUCCAACAUUUAACUCUGGAUUUAUUGUUUUCUCUCCAUUUAAAAUUUUAACUGAGUUAACUGAAUUAAAGUACUCCAUCCAAAUCUUGAUGUUUUUAGGUUUGUUAUCAUCGAAAAAAAUAAACUUUGAGAAAAAUAUAGCAAAAGUUCAUGUUUUUGUCAGCUGUUGCUAAGUUUAGUGCAAAUGUUUUACUCUGUCUAGUAUCAAGCACCGGAACUGAUUAAUGCAGUUUUCUUUGGUGAUAAGAUUGGAAUUUUGCAAUUUUGUGAGUUUUUUUACCGUUCUAAGAAUUUAUUCUGUGAUUUUAGUGGAGGCACGUUUUCUUAAUAUAACACCAAAUUGAGGAUAUGUAAAUUGGUUGAAUGAGUUGAAGUUUUAAUGAUUGUUUUAAUAUUAACCCUUCAAUGCACGAGUUUUAUCACAAGAGUUUUCAUGGUUUCGUGUUAUUUUGGUUUAAAUGGGGUUUUCAACGUUUGAAAACUAUUGUUAUCGUCAUGAUUUAAUAAUAAAUGCCUUUAAAGCACAAGAUAACACAAGUCAAGUGGUUUAUUUGAAUAGUAAGGAUAAACCAUUAGUAAAGAUGUCCUAGAGGAGCUUCUUAGACCACACAGCCAUCCUGACUUGAUGUUAUGGAUGUGCAGAUAGCGAACUUAAAAUUUCCCUAAACCCUGGUUCUCAAUAAGUCAUCUGUCAAACGGACUCUGGUAAUAUAUUUGGAUUAACAGAAGGGUAACACUUCUGGCUGGUUUAUACCUUCCAGUUGAACCUAAACACUGGAUACAGCAAAAACUGAUGUGUCACAAUCCGGGCAGUACUGUGGAUGUCCAGGAGUGGCUCAUCACUAACCGCAAAUGUCGAAUUAUUGGUGUGCAAGGAUAGGUUGUUAGGUCUAGUCUACUAGAAAUGACAGUUGGAGUAAGUGGAGCUUCCUUAAUGUUAAGGUUGUUGCUAGCCUAGACAUAAGGGUGUGCCACCCCUGCCUGCUUUGACUGGAGAGGCUGGUAAAGAACUGGUCUCCUCUUUUUCCAAGGAGACAUGACAGAGAUCAAUGCUCAAAAUCCUUCCUCAUGGAUCUGAACAGGAGGCGGCUCCUACCUUCAACCUUACCCAUCCAGAAUAUCCUCCGAAAGCAGCGCUAAGGUCAUUAUAGGACUAUGUGCAGUUUUUAUAACAAAAGAUAUAAAAGUUACGUGUAAUUUUUGUAUUUAUUAAAGUAACUUACAUUCUUAAUGACACUUGUGGAACGUUGUAACUAUUGAGAUACCAGUAAUGUGGCUUUUCUAAUUUAUAAAAGUGAUUAAGAUGUAAUCUUGACGAUAUCUCAUUUACCAUUCUUGCUUAAUUGAUUAAGUGUCCAAGUUCAUUACUUCUUAGGAUCAGUUUUCUCUUGUCCUAUUCUUCCAUUGCUGUACUCAUAGAACCAGGCUCCUGCCUACCACUGCUGUCUACCUAUCACAAUCAGUAAAUUAUAAGGAAAUCGUACUACAGUGGAAAAGACAAUUAGUGAAAAUUAUUUUUCCCCUAAACAUAGGAUUGUAUUCCCUCAUAGUCGAAGCACAGAGGCAGUCACCGAUCCAAGUGGCAGCUGUUUCCUCUCUGAGCUUGUGCGUUUGCCGACCCAUGCCAGUCUACAUGUUGUCACUCCGGAAUAGGACUAAGAAAAAAGAAGAGACAUUGACAAGUGCAUGGUAAACAAUGAGACAAAGAGACAAGACGCAAUAGGUGCUUGGUGGGCGAUGAAAAAAUAAAAAGGUGACAGGUGAUUGGUAGGCAAUGUAAAAACAAAAGAAAAUGACAGGUGCUGGAAGCCAAUGAGAAAACAGAAGGAUACGACAGGUGGCAGGUAAUAUGAAAAAAGAUAAACACAAUAGGUGCUUGGUAGGGAAUGAGAAAACUGAAGAGACACGACAGGUGCUUGCCAUAGCAAUGUGAAAACAGAAGAGACACAACAGGUGCUUGGUAGCAAUAUGAAAACAGAAGAGACACAACAGGUGCUUGGUAGGCAAUGUGAAAACAGAAGAGACACAACAGGUGCUUGGUAGGCAAUGUGAAAAUAAAAGGGACACAACAGGUGCAUGGUAGGCAAUGUGAAAACAGAAGAGACACAACAGGUGCUUGGUAGGCAAUAUGAAAAACAGAAGAGACACAACAGGUGCUUGGUAGGCAAUGUGAAAACAGAAGAGACACAACAGGUGCUUGGUAGGCAAUAUGAAAACAGAAGAGACACAAUGUGUGCUUGGUAGGUAAUGUGAAAACAAAAGGGACACAACAGGUGCUUGGUAGGCAAUAUGAAAACAGAAGAGACACAACAGGUGCUUGGUAGGCAAUGUGAAAACAGAAGAGACACAACAGGUGCUUGGUAGGCAAUAUGAAAACAGAAGAGACACAAUGUGUGCUUGGUAGGUAAUGUGAAAACAAAAGGGACACAACAGGUGCUUGGUAGGCAAUAUGAAAAACAGAAGAGACACAAUAGGUGCUUGAUAUCAAUGUAAAAACAGGAGACACAAUCUUUUUCAUAUUACCUGCCACCUGUCGUAUCCUUCUGUUUUCUCAUUGGCUUCCAGCUUGAUAGCAAUGUGAAAACAGGAGACACGACUGGUGCUUAAUAGCAAUGUGAAACUAGAAGAAACACAACAGGUGCUUGGUAGGGAAUGAGAAAACAGAAGGGACACAACAGGUGCUUGGUAGGCAAUAUGAAAAUUUAAGUUUUUAUACUUGUAAAUGCUAUUAAUAAGGCCAGUUAUAUCUAUACAACUAAAGUCUCAUACUUAUUAAUUGUCUAACUAAUCUCAGGAGGCGAUGUAGUUGUGGAAAUUGAAGAACUAAAAAUACAGAAAUGUACAUUCACAAAGUAUAGUGGUUUUAUGUUAUUUAAUGGUUUUCUAUUAUUUUGGUAACAAAGAAAGUAAAAACAAAAGACCAGAUUGAACACUUCAUUACGGUCUAUACUCAUUUAAUAUAGUUUCAUGAAAAUACUACAAUCUAAAAAACUAAGAAAUUAGUGACAAAAAAUUAUUCUCUCUGCAUUAAACUUUUUAUCAUAGCUUAUCCAAUAAACAAACAAAAGAAUAACACGAACAAUAAAUGUUGAAAAUACUUCAAAGUUCAAAUCAUAUUUAAAAGAUUUAAUUACUCUUUCAUUUUGCAUGCUUCAUUCACAAAAUAUUCAAAACAAAACCAUUUAUUAAUUGUACAAAUGUUUUAUUUUCCAUGGUUAUUAACCAUUUUGUUAAUAUACAGAUUUCAAUCUAUGAAUGAAUAAUGUUAUAAAUAACAAUCUCUGGAUAGUUCAAUGUGCAUACAAUAUAGAUUAUCUUUUUAAAGAUGAUUAUCUUAUUCUGUACAGAAAAGUUAUCAAAUCAAUAUGUAACAACAAAGGUGUUUAGUUGUAAAUCUGUUUGAUGUUCUGUGUAACAAUGUACUGUAACAUUAUUGGUUCUAUUUGCAUUCUAUAAAGGUUGUGUUGUAUACUUGUUCAUUGUUGCCUUCAAUGUUUUGUGUGAGAAGAAUAAAUAUAUUUUAAUAAUA